AUGCAAAUCCUGCUGGAUCGGCCAAUGGUGGUCCUUGACAAGUAUGGUAUAAUUGUAAUGUGGUACCUUCCCAGUGCCAUAGAUCCUGCAAUUCAGCAUGACAUGAUAUGUGCCACUGAAAGGAUGUCAUCCCCGCUGGCAAAAAGUAUCAUGCGUGUGGAAAACAAAGAGAAAUGGAGGACUCAUGAACCCAACUUUUGUCCUAGUAGUAGUGGUACUACACCGGGGUGCAUUAAUUUAUCCCUGGCAUGGUUUUUGCAAGCCCAUCCAUCUCCUAAGUUCCAUCCAGAGGUCUCGGCAACGCUCAAAAGUGAUAGUGGAUUGUGUCUAGCAAUACAAAGACCGGCGGCCCUCUUUGCUGCAGCAUUGAGAGUCAUGCACCCGAACCUAUAUUGGUCAUCAUUAGGGACAGCAUUAGGCCUUGGCCUCUGGGCGGUGGACAAACAAUUGCAAGAAAUAAUUGAUUGUCUGAGAGACUGGGCAUCGGUGUUUACCACACUCGCUGUGAUGUGCAACCGGUGUUCGCCUUUGCACCGCAAUCCACUGUCCCAAUCACAAUGGUUCAAUGGCAUGACCAGUGUUGGCAAUUAUGGAAUGGGGAGGAUGAGGAUGCCUAAUAUUGGAAUCGAGAUUGUAUAUAAUUCCAGUGUCAUGGCAGCUGUUUCCGGACGAAUAGUGAGGCAUGGGAUGGAUGAAGUGGAUGGUGAUAGAAUAGCAUGGAUUUGGUAUAUGAGGGAUGAUGUACAUGAAUUUGUAGGUAUGCCCUGGGUCAACUAUGUGAGGUACAAGUCUGUACUCACCAACACUAUGCGGUGCUGA